UCUCCUUAUUUAUAUACCUAUGCUUCAGAUUCCAAAUUUGGCAUUGUGGCAAAAUCCGCCUAAGAAUGAUUGUCCUGAAUCCUACUGCACACACAUAAACAACAUCGACACCAAUUUGGCUUUAACAUUCAAGAAAGAAUGAGAUAGAGAAGGUCUCGCCACGCAUUUCUAAAGGGAAAGGGAAUUGUGCUGGGAUUCGUUUCUUGAUUGUGAUUGAGAUCGAGGGCUUUGAUUUUCUUGUACUGUUUCAGGUCAUUUGACAAGAAGAUUUUGAAAAAUGAGUGGUAGAAAUAAGAGAAAUGUGACUGAGAACGGUGGGGACACGGGUGAAGACUCGGUUCUUGCAACCUUGGUAAGCAAUGGGGAUGAUAUGGGGCCGAUGGUUAGGCUUGCAUUUGAGACGGGGAAGCCUGAAGCCCUCUUGCAGCAGCUCAAGCACUUGGUUAAGAAGAAGGAAGUUGAAAUUGAGGAGCUUUGCAAGCUCCAUUAUGAGGAAUUUAUUGUUGCAGUCGAUGAGCUACGUGGUGUCUUGGUUGAUGCGGAGGAGCUGAAAAGUGAGCUGUCAACUGAUAACUCGACGUUGCAGCAAGUUGGAAGCGCCUUGCUCACAAAGUUCGAGGAGCUUCUUGAUUCUUACUCGAUUAAGAAGAAUGUGACUGACGCCAUUAAGAUGUCGAAGUACUGUGUGCAAGUGUUGGAUCUCUGUGUGAAGUGUAAUAAUCACAUCUCUGAAGGGCGAUUCUAUCCAGCUUUAAAAGCUGUUGAUUUGAUUGAGAAGGAUUAUUUGCAGAGUAUCCCAGCUAAGGCUUUGAAGACGCUGAUAGAGAGGAGAAUACCUAUGUUGAAAUCUCAUGUUGAGAAGAAGGUGUGCUCCGAAGUUAACGAGUGGCUAGUUAACAUACGGAGCUCUUCAAAGAGUAUCGGACAGACUGCUAUACAAUAUGCUGCAUCUGCUCGUCAGAGGGAAGAGGAUAUGCUGGCUCGUCAAAGGAAAGCUGAGGAGCAAAGCUGCUUGGGCAUAGAAGAUUUCACCUAUGCUUUAGACGUCGAAGAAAUUGAUGAGAAUUCUGUUUUGAAAUUUGACCUCACCCCGCUUUAUCGAGCGUUUCAUAUCCACAAUUGCCUCGGGAUCCAAGAGCAGUUUCGUGAGUAUUAUUACAAGAAUCGUCUGCUGCAGCUGAAAUCAGACUUGCAAAUCUCAUCAAACCAGCCUUUUCUUGAAUCACAUCAGACCUUUUUGGCUCAUACUGCUGGUUAUUUCAUCGUAGAAGAUCGAGUUUUGAGGACUGCCGGGGGGCUGCUGUCGCCAACUGAGCUUGACAUGAUGUGGGAAACGGCUGUGGCUAGAGUGACUGCGGUCUUAGAGGAACAGUUCUCCCAAAUGGAUGCAGCGAGUCACCUCCUCCUCGUCAAGGACUAUGUGACUCUUUUUGGAGCAACACUGAGGCAAUAUGGUUAUGAAGUUUCCACGAUUCUGGAAACUUUAAACAGCAGUCGUGAAAAAUACCAUGAACUUCUUCUAGCAGAGUGUCGGCAACAGAUCACUGAUAUAUUUGCUAGCGACACAUAUGAACAGAUGGUGAUGAAGAAGGAGUCCGAAUACCAGGCAAAUGUGCUCCUGUUUCAUCUCCAAAGCUCGGAUAUAAUGCCGGCAUUCCCUUAUAUUGCUCCAUUUUCUUCCAUGGUGCCCGACUGCUGUCGCAUUGUUCGAUCCUUCAUCAAGGAUUCGGUUAAUUACUUGUCUUAUGGGGCACAGAUGAACUACUUUGACUUCGUUCGCAAGUACCUCGACAAACUCUUGAUUGACGUCUUGAACGAGGUCUUGCUCCGGACAAUCCACAGCAGCAGCACCGGCGUGUCCCAGGCGAUGCAGAUCGCUGCCAACAUAUCUGUUCUAGAGAGAGCCUGUGAUUAUUUCAUCCAGCACGCCGCUCAGCAAUGUGGAAUCCCAGUGAGGUCGAUUGACAGGCCACAAUGCGGUUUAACGGCCAAGAUCGUGCUUAAAACCUCGAGGGAUGCCGCUUACAUGGCGCUUCUCACUCUGGUAAACUCGAAACUUGACGAGUUCAUGAAACUCACGGAGAACGUGAAUUGGACGUCCGACGAGGCGACGGGGCUCGGAAAUGAGUAUGUCAACGAGGUCGUGAUAUAUCUCGAGACGGUCAUGUCAACUGCUCAGCAGAUCCUACCCUUGGACGCGCUGUACAAAGUCGGGAGUGGCGCUCUCGAACACAUAUCCAACUCUAUCGUGGGGACUUUCCUCAGCGAUAGUAUUAAGAGGUUCAGUGUUAACGCGGUGAUGUCGAUCAACAUGGACUUGAAGGCGCUGGAAACUUUCGCGGACGAAAGGUUCCACUCGACUGGACUGCAUGAGAUAUACAGAGACGGGAGCUUCCGGAGCUGCUUAGUAGAAGCCAGACAAUUGAUCAACCUCCUCUUAAGCAGUCAGCCAGAAAACUUCAUGAAUCCCGUGAUACGAGAAAAGAACUACAACACUUUGGACUAUAAAAAGGUGGCUACCAUCUGCGAGAAGUACAAGGAUUCGGCUGAUGGAAUCUUUGGCAGCCUUUCGAAUAGAGCCUCGAAGCAAAGUGCAAGAAAGAAGUCCAUGGACGUUCUAAAGAAACGAUUGAGAGAUUUCAACUGAGAUAUAUCUGCAGUGGUUUGGACCGGCUAAAAUAUUUUCAAGUAUUCCAUUAAAUCUUCGAUUGGAUCUCUUUAUAUAGCUCGUUCUAAUUUUUUAUAUCAGAAUAUAGUUUGUGAUGGACUAUUUAUUCUUUUUCUCGUGUUUGAUUAAAUUAGCAUGAUUGAGGUCUA